ACAGCCCAGGGCCGACAUCGAGGGAUAUAAGGGGUCGGAGUCCCACGGACAUCGUCGGAGGAAAUAUGAUGAAACUUGGUCUUGUUCUGCUUCUGGCGGCCACCGCCUACGGGUGCGGGGUGCCCACCUACAAGCCCAACCCGAGCCGGGUGGUGAACGGGGUCGACGCUCGCCCCUACAGCUGGCCCUGGCAGAUUUCCCUGCAGUACCUGAGUUCUGGCACCUACCGGCACACCUGUGGGGGCACGCUCAUCGCCCCCAACUGGGUCCUGACUGCGGGGCACUGCAUUUCGUCUCGCAAGUAUCGCGUGGUUCUGGGAGAGUACGACCUGACCAGGGAGGAGAAUAACGAGCAGAUUCGGGAGGUGUCGAAGAUCCUCGUGCACCCCGGCUGGAACGAUAACUGCGUGGCCUGCGGCGACGACGUGGCCCUGGUGAAGCUGGCCUCCAGCGCCUUCAUCAACGACAAGGUGCAGCUGGCCUGCGUGCCGCCGGCCGGGGACCUGGUGGCUCACAACGAGCCCUGUUACAUCACCGGCUGGGGCAGGCUGUACACCGGCGGUCCCAUCGCCUCCAAGCUCCAGCAGGCCCUGCUGCCGGUGGUGGACCACCCCGUGUGUAGCCGGUCCGACUGGUGGGGCAGCACCGUCAAGCCCAGCAUGGUGUGCGCCGGGGGGGACAUCCGCUCCGGCUGCAACGGAGACUCAGGAGGGCCUCUGAACUGUCAGGGCAGGGAUGGCAGGUGGUACGUCCAGGGAGUGACCAGCUUCGUCUCGUCCCGCGGCUGCAACACCAUCCAGAAGCCCACCGUCUUCACCCGCACGUCCUCCUUCAGCCAGUGGAUCAGUGACACAAUGCUCUACAACUGAGGUUCCAUGACAGUAACACCUGCAGUUUUCCCUCCGAAGACCACAUGUUAUGCCCUAAAAGGCAUUAAAUAAAUCAGUGGAAAAUAAAGUUUAAAUCCUU